AUGCAGAGACCCGAAAAACGAAAAAGGGAGAGCGAAGAAACAGGCUAUAAAAAGAAGACGAGAGAGGAUAACCACAAGAAUAUUGCCAGCAAAAAAGACGAUGAUGCCACUGACCAAUUCACCAACGAAGAAGUCCAAAACCAAAACGACGCAGAACCAGACAGCGAUGACCCAUACUACCCAUGGGACUACGAAGAAUGGUACAAAGACUAUUACGACGCCCCGAGCCCAGAUCAACAAAUCAUACGAACCAUAACGGAUGAACAAAACAACUCACCAAACACACAAACACCCGAGCACUACGUACUGUGGAACCCCUUCGAGAAGAACCCCUCAUUCGCCCCACCGGGCAACGGGGACAUCCUCCUGAAAACAUACCUAGAAGAGUUCGAAAAACAAGGCCGUAACACACCGAAGAAUAACCCAUUCCAUCACCUAGGAUAUAUUCCGCGAUUCACGAGAGGGAAAGGAAAGGAGCUACCACCAUGCCUCCAACGACAAGCAUGGAGGAAGUAG